CUAGAUGUGGAUUGACGAUGCAACUUCAACUUUUUUUUUCGAGGAACCGGUAAAAUAUCGCAGAGUGCGUGUGGAAAAGAAGUGACACCCUCGUAUAAAUAGGAGACUGCGAUUGCUAAUCAUCACAAUACUUCUGCGUCUCAAAGCGUACAGUACAAGAUGGCUUUCAAGUUAGUUAUCUUCGCCGCCUGCGUAGCAGUUGCCAGAGCUGGAGUCCUCAGCUCUCCAUUGGCUUACUCCGCACCCCUUGGUGCACCCUUAGCUUACGCUGCUCCUGUAGCCCAUGUAGCUAAAGUAGCUGCACCAUUAGCCAAGGCAGUAAUCGCUGAAGACUUCGACCACAACCCACAAUACUCUUUCGGUUAUGAUGUACAAGACAGCCUGACCGGAGACAGCAAAAGCCAAGUUGAAACCAGAAGCGGAAAUGUUGUACAAGGUUCUUACUCUUUGACCGAUCCCGAUGGCACCCGCCGUACCGUAGACUACUCCGCCGAUGACGUCAACGGUUUCAACGCUGUUGUCCGCAAAGAACCAUUGGUAGCCAAAGCCGUAGUAGCCGCCCCAGCAGUAGCCAAACUCGCAGCUCCAGCAGUAGCUUACGCCGCACCUGUAGCUAAACUCGCAGCCCCAGCUUUUGCUUACCAGGCUCAUGCUGCUCCUGCCCUCGCCUACUCUGCACCAUUAGCUAAAUACGCUGCCCCCGCUGUAGCCUACACUGCUCCAGCUGUAGCGAAAUACUCGUACGCUGCUCCAGCUCUUUCCUACUCAGCAUACUCUGCUCCAGCUGUAUCUUACGCCGCUCCAGCUGUAUCAUACGCUGCUCCAGCUCUUUCCUACUCUGCGCCAUCUUUGGCCUACCACGCUGCCCCAGCUCAGUAUGCCUACUCAAGCAAUUUGAUCCACUAAAUUAAUUGUAAAUAUGUAAAUAUUGUAUUUUCAAUAAAAAAUUGAAAAAAAUCUA